ACCAAAAUGGACCCUAGAUCCUACCAUGGAGAAUAGAGGAGAGGGUAUGACUAAGUACUCUUGUAAACUGAUCCUUCACGAGUUCACAGCGCAGCUGAAGGGUGUGUAUGGCUGCUACAUCCGAAACUCCGUCUCUCCAAGGGUCAAACAGUUCAGCCUCAGGCCAACCUCAUUCGCAAAUAUCAAAGCUGCCAGUUCCUCCUCCACUCCGCCGACAGACUCUGAUUCGCCUCGGAAGAAGCGAUCACGUCGGAUCAGAGCGGCCGCGGACAGCACGGCCGGGCCCAGAUUCAUUCCUAACGCUGUUUGUGGCAAUGCUGAGAGUAUCAGAAUCAGCUUAGGCAGUCCAGUUUCCAUUCCAUGUCCUCUCAAGGACCUCUCGGGGAGCGAUGUGACGAUAGACAGUCGCAAGUGGUGUAUCAACAACUGCGACAGCAAUCUCAAUGUCAAGGCUGAGUCAUCCGAUCCGUCACCCUUCAGGAGUGCAGACAGUAGUAGACUGCGUGUGGUGGGGGACACUCUGGAGAUAUCCGAGAUCAGUCUGGAUGAGGUGGGGACAUGGGAGUGCCGGAUGAGCUUCUUCAACCCAGACACUGCCCAGAACGACUACAGAUCAUGCACCUCCAAACUCAUACACAUUCCAAAAAUGAUCCGGACGUCUCCGGCCGGCGCGGACAGUUUCCUGGUGUCAACGGGAGACCGUUUUUCCUUCACGUGCCAGGCUGAGGCAGUGCCCACUGCUGAAGUGCUCUGGUUCAGCUACUCCAGGGACCCCCGCGGAAACGAUGCCGAAGGUCAGCCAGUGUCGUCUGACUUCGACGACAGUGGGUUCGAAGUGUCUUCUCCCAAUAACAGUCCUACGAGGAACAAUCAACAGACCAAAUCUACCCCUAGGUACACGAUCACACGUGACAAGAGCGAGAUGAGCACCACUCUUCGGAUAGAUCCAGUUGAGAAGGGCGACCAGAAGUACUUUGCGUGUCAGUUCAGAACCAGCAGCGGAGUGGCCAAGAAAGUGUUCAAGCUCAGUGUCAAAGGCAAGUACAGUUGGGUGUUCCCUCUGUUAGCGAUAGCCAUCGAGAUCUUCCUUCUGAGUGGGGCUAUUUUGCUACACGAGUACAGACAGAACCAGAGAGCCGAACAGAGACACCUCCUUCCUACCACUACUAGUACCAACACUAAUGCAGCUGCAAUAUCAAGUGCAAGCAAGAGGAAUCAACCACAGUCAUUAUACGCACAACCAACUCCACAGAACAACCGACCCGCAAACUUACCAAUGGCAGGCAGUGUUCCAAGGGGAGGAGUGGCCAUCUUGUGUCACAGUGUGCCCAGCACGACCAUGACUCAUCACAGGACAAUGUCCACCAGUGGGGGAACAGGAUCGACACCGAAUAGAUCACCAAAGUGGACCCCUAAAAACAAUGCCAGUCCAUCUGAGUCCUUGUUUUCCUCGAAAAACAGCAACCCUCAAAGACCCUCACUCCGCAAAGGGUUCCAUCAACAGAUAAAACCCCGUCCUAGAGCAUCCAACACUUCUUUAGUCCGACAAUCCACGGGCGAAAGUUCUCGCAGCAGCUCCGAACCCCUAUAUGACCUGCCUGAUUCUUUACCCCCGCCGCCUAUCCUCCCAAAACCAGUGCCGAUCCCGAUACCAUCCAAAAGCUCCCAAACAGAUUCGUCUCCAUCCCCUAAAAUGGUAAUACCGAUGAAGCCCGGUAUCUGCUUCCCGGUUCCCCAAUCCGCGUUCGUACCUCCAUACCCUUCCCCUCCCCCGUUGCAAGAGUUGUCGGCGCUGUCUCGCACCGGGAGUUUGCAGCGUCAGGAUGCUUUGAGUGAUGAAACAACUUGGUUGACCUCUGAAGACAACGAAGAUGUCGAUGUGGUUUACAUUCAGUGCUGACACCACUCAAUACGAACCUUCAGCACAGUGGGCGGAGCAACAGCUGGUUUCUGUCCCCCGCUACCCCCACGAGUGAGGCUGCUGCGGGCGGGG